AUGGAGCCGCCGUUCUACCGCCCCGCGCCCUUCCCGGGCGGCUUCUGUCGGCCCGAGCCCGACUACGGAGCGCUGCCGGGGGCGCUGCCGCCGGGGGCCCCCCCUGAGCCCUACCGCGGGCUCAAGCCGGCGCCCUGCCCCGACGGCGGCUUCUUCGGCGGCGGCGCCGGUACCGGCGGCUUCUUCUACCCCGGCCCGGGGGAGCGCGACGGCUUCGCCGGCAGCUUCGCGCAGGCGCUGGACGAGCUGCACCAGCCGGGGCCCCCCAACGUGGCGCUGCCGGAGCCGCUGGGGCCGGGGCUGGCAACGGCGGGGGGACCCUUCCCGGGAGUCCCCGCAGCGGCACCGGAGACGGAGGCGGCCGAGCCGGGCCCGGACUCCCCGGAGCGGCUGCAGGCAGAGCGGCGGCGGCUGCGGAACCGGCUGGCGGCGAGCCGGUGCCGGCGGCGGAAGCUGGAGCGCAUCGCCCGGCUGGAGCAGCGCGUCCGCGGGCUCCGCGCCCAGAACGCGGCGCUGGCGGCGACGGCGGCCGGGCUCCGCGCCCAGGUGCGGCGGCUGCGCGGCUCCGUCCGCGACCACGCCGGCUCCGGCUGCCCGCUGCCCCCCGGUGCCGCCCUCGGCUUCUAG